GUAUUUUGGAUUUUUUUUUUUCUUCAUUUAUUACAAACAAGAGUUAUCCAAAAUUUUUGGCUAGCUACCAGCUUUCCUCUCAGGAAAACAUGAGACUACUUGCACUGCAUUUCCUGGAAACACUCUGUUUCGUCAAACUUUCAGCAGAAUGAUCUCAGUCUGCAUAUGGAAUUUGAGAACAGAUAAAAAAUAGAAUCAUAAAAUCACUAAGGUUGGAGAAGACCUCUAAGAAUCCCAACCUAUCCCCACCUUCCCAUGUCCCUCAGUACCACUGAGGCUGCUCAAGUAGCCGUAUGGUCCAUCCAUAUUGAUUUACUAAGACAAGUGGAGCAGCAUUUUGAGAAUGGAUUCAUUCAUUGCCUGAUGUUCAGUAGACUCUAGAUUCUUCUUCCAAACUAACAAAGCUUUUAGGAAAUGGACUUUCAUUUGAAUUACUGUUGAUCUCCUCUCAAUCAAAUGCAAAAACAAAACUGUGCGUAAGGACUGGUAAUCAUGCAAAGAAAGCUGUAAACUCUGAAAUGCCCACCUGACAUCAAUGACUAUGUCUGGGCAGAAUAGACCUGGGAGAGGAAAACAAAACCUGCUGGCUCUGUCAAAGUACAGCUCAGAUUUUAUUUCACUUUUCACUUUUAUCUAAGUUAUCUAAGCAUGCUUUUUUCCCCCUUUUCCAUACUAUAGACAUUGAUCUGCCAGGCAUUGGUUGUCAUCUGCUCUGUCUUUCCCUCUAGGUUUACCGCACUGAAUUCAUUGCUAAAUGGAGGAAGCAAAAACUGGAUGUGAUUCUUUGUCCUGUACUUGGUCCAGCCUUUAACCAUGGCUACGCUGGGAAGCUGUUUGCUGCAACCUCCUACACCAAUUUAUACAACGUCUUAAACUUCCCUGCUGGAGUGGUGCCAGUCAGCACAGUCACAAGAGCUGAUGAAGAAGAACUGAAGCAUUACCGAGGGCACUACGAGGACCCUUGGGAUAAGAGACUGAAAGAGGCUGUGGAAGGAGCCGUGGGACUGCCUGUGGCUGUACAAUGUGUGGCUUUGCCAUGGCAGGAGGAGCUGUGCCUUCGGUUCAUGAAGGAGGUUGAGAACGUUUCCCAUGGCAUGAGGAGAAAUGAGUGAUUUCUCAGGAUCUGCUUUGCUUAUGUUGACCUUUAAUACCCUGCUCAUCACUCCGUCACCUUCUACCCAAUGUGCAACACAGAUAGCAAUCUGCAGACUCCAAAUUCCAUUUCAGUAAAAUGGCAAUAAAUGCUGCUUGAAAGCAGUUGGUAAAAUCGAUUCCCUGUCCAAACUUCCUCUUUCAUUAAAGUGAGAUAAAACCUUGAUCUAGUGCCUGGCAACCCUGCCCAUAGCAGGGAGUUGGAACUGGAUGAUCUCUGAGGUCCCUUCCAACGCAAGCCACUCUUUGGUUCUAUGAGAAAACUAGAAGAAAGGCAAGAGAGUUCGUUUGGACCAAAGGAGUCUGAAAACCAUAGUGAAACAGUAUUUGGUGUAUAAUAUAAGACUGAAGAGCUGAUUACCUCUGUAUUUUAUUUCCAACAGUGGCAGUAGCAGAUGUUUAAGGGAGAAUAUAACCUGGCAGGAUUCUCUCUUUGGCUGUGCCAUUAGUUGACAAAAGGUUGCAGUUAGCCCAUCAGUAACUGGCCAUCAAUAAGUUAAUAACUAGGUUCAGCCUCUUCUUGAUCUCUUAUGUUCUUCUGGUCUCCACACCAUCCAAUGGGAGGGAGCUCAACCGUUUAAUUGAGCAGCAAGGAGUGGAAAGCUUUGUUAUCACUGUUGGAGCACAUGCCGUCUGAAAUAGUAAAUAAUUUGCCUUCAGUCCUGUUCCCAUUGUUUUUUCCAGUUAAGCAAUAGGAAAAGAAGGUUGCUAUUUUGUUUGUCUUUUCAUUGCCUAUAAUCACUUAAGGGAAACCUGAGUUCAAACGUUUCUAUGGCUCAGUUCUGGUAUUUCCAGCUUCACUGUGUAAAGUGAAAAUUGUAUGCUGUCCUUGACCUAGCCAUUGCACUCCAGGUUUCCUGUUCCUCCUGUGUCCAGCACAACAUCCUGGCUGUAGGCUUUGCUUUGAUUAUUCAGGAGAAUUUUAAUAAAGACUUAUAUCUGCUUAUUUUUCUUCAUUCUGCAGGGUAAACUUUGUCUUGUUGCAAUACUGGGAGCGCAUGAAGCUCCCCAGAAGAACUGGUACCAGCAGGACAUACAUACAUUGUUAGGACAGGUCACUGUUCUCUUACAGUAUCUGACAUAGAUAGGACUGCCUGGUUUAACAGAAUGUGACAGAAGAUAUUAGAGACGUGAUGGCCAAUGCUCAAGUGAGGAAGUAACUAAAAGCAAGUGUCCAGAAAUGGGUGAAAUUAGCAGCAAUUAGGACUAAUCCACCUUUCACUUUGAAACAGCUGUUUCAACUCUCCAAGCAUGGUUCCAAACUGCUCUUCCCCCACCUCCAUUACUGUUCUUCUCUGCAUUCAGCUCAUCUGGCUUCCUCCUCUUGUCUGCAUGCCCAGGGAUGAGACACUGAAAAGCAAACUUCUUGCAGUAAAUGUUGUGCCCAGCCAUGGAGCAGCUGGGAACAGCCUCAUCGUUCUCCAUCACGCUGUUGAGAUCAUUUGAUUGAUUGAGAUGUGUCUGAGAUCAUUUUUCAGUAGGAUCAGACCUGUGCAUGAUGGCAUGAUGGAGGACAUAGGAAUGCUGUGGACAAAUGUCUGCAUUACCUUGGUUGACAGCAGCUGUAUAGCUGGAGGAGUUGUGAGUAGGAUCCAUACUACCUAUUUACAGUAAUGGGAGGUUUCUGACAGGAUGUUUCACGUUGGUUAGUGCUGUUCUGCAACUGCUGAUAGAUUUUGACUGGAAUUAAAGCAUGUGUUUUGAUGAAAAUCUUAUGAUUCCAAUAAAUAUUCCAGGCUGAAAUGAGUCACUAACUGGAGAGUUCCCAGAAAAUAUUUAUUCAGCCCUCUUGAGUCAAACGGAACAAUUCUAGAGGAGACCAGCCCAUUUCAUUAUGACUUCAGCAGCUUCUGAAAUAUCUUUAAAGUUGUUUCAGGGCAACAUAGUCAACAUAUUUUGUUUUGGAAAAGUACAGCAGAAUGUAUGGAUACAAAAAUCUUGAAUAUGGGAUACAGUCCUCAGGGUUAAUUCUUUGUCUUUUUGAUCAAAAUGGAUUCUAAGCUGAUCUGAACUUAAAAAAAAAAAAAAAAAGAAGACAAAAAUUACCAAAUUGGAGGGAGGAUUGUUUAUGUAAAGGUUCUAAUGAAAACCAGCCUGCUUGAGAGCUGCAGGUGUUGGGUGGAGGUUAAUGACAGUAAGCUGGUGUUGUCUUGCUUCUUGAAGCAGAAAUGAUACACCCCUGCUGGGAACAGGAGCAGACUGCCUGGGUUGGUCUGCUGCCUUUUUCUGUGUGAGGCACUGUGAAGGAUGUCUGCAGAAAUAGGAGAAGCGAUAACAGUGCUGUCUGUCUCAGGGGUCAGAUGAGCACCAAAGGAUAGGGAUUCUUCCAUUUCUUUUUUGGCUCUGUCCCAUGACCCUCUUAAGUGUACUUCCUCUUAUUCUCCCUGCAUUGCUCAACAUUUGAAAGCCCCACAUGCAACCAGGUAAGCAUUUUUAUUUCUAUCCCCAGCACCAGGAUAACAGCAAAAAGAGGAAACCACUGAAUGGACAGCAAAGAAAAUAAAUUGGGUGAUUAUUUCAAAACUUCUCUCUUCUAUGUCACCAACACCAAGCAUGAUAGGCAGUGUAUCAUUUAUAAAAUAAUUAUAGAUCUAUCUGGAGUCUUUGUGCUGGGACUGGAUCAGCUUUGCCUCUUAUAAGCUGAUGAACCUGGAACUGUACUUUGAAUUAGGAGAAUGUCCAAAAAGGAGGCAGGUAGAUGCCCUUGAAGGGUCAGUAUCUAUGAUUGGACAUUAUAAUGGUGUCUCAGCAUUGAAGCUCCUGUUAAAGCUUAGGGAAGAGGCUUAGCAGUAAGUGACGCACAAACCUGUAGUAUUACCUGGCAACCCAUGGAAGCACAGUCACAACUACUUUGACGUUGUGACCUUAGGCCUGGAUUGAGUGGAGUGAUAACAUCAUUGCAAAAGUGCUGCGCUUGGCCUUGACUGUUUAUCUUCAUGAAUAAACUCUGAACUGUGAGUUCAGAGGCAGACUAACUCCUCUGCUAGGGACUUGAGAUUUGAUCUGGGACAUUCCCUGCCUCAUUUUUCCCACAAGGCCAGAGGUCUCUUUCUCAUCAGGUUUCCAAGCAACGCUUGAUCCCCUUUCCCUUUGAAUCCACAUACAGCUCAGCCUAUCUGCCUCUAUGUAGCUGCUCCUCUCCUUGUUAGGGACUCUCAUUUCAUCUGGUUUUUGGAGUGCCUCAGCGGCCCAAAGGUCUACUCAGAAGGUGCAGAACAAGUUUGGAUUUUGAAACCAUCCCAUCCCUCUGUAUGGAUUCAACCUUCAUUCCCCUUCGGUUGCUUUUUGCUGCCUAUGUUCCCACUGCAGGCUGUGGUGGAAGAGCUAUGCCUCCACUUUACAAGGGAGGUGAAAGCGUUUGUCCAUUGAUAGGAAAAGGGCUUCCUCAGCAGCAUCCGGCCAUCUGGAAGUGCAGCUGUUCUCACUAAUAAAACUGCCCUUUGAAACACCGAGUUGGUUUGGACACAGCUGGCUUUGUCUCUGUUAAACAUUUGCAGUGUCUAAAGGGCAGGAUCAGAGCACGGGACCCUGAGCGUGAGUGGAUGUGAGAACCCAAUGCUCUGAUGCCUCUCAGCAAGAGGAAUAAACUCCCACAUCCGCUCAGCCCAGUGCAGGGGUUGUGUCACUGCCACGUGCAAAGAGCACACCUCUUCCUUAGGAAGCCUUUGCACAAAUCCCAAGAGGUUGGGAGCGGGUUUGGGUAUUCACAGAAUCAUAGAAUCAUUAUGGUUGGAAAAGACCGCUAAGAUCAUCCAGUCCAACCAUCGACCCAUCACCAGCAUGCCCACUAAGCAAGGGUGCCACUGAAAAGGAGCACAGUAGAUAACCAGCUUAGUUUGUUACAGCUUGGUUAAUUGCUGUCCACUCCAACCUGUUUUUCAGAGGAUGCCAAAGUUGAUGUUUUCCACAGGGGCUGAUGUUUGCUAAGUUCUUGCCUUCAUCUCAGAUCAUGGAGAUGCUCUUGUGGCCUUGUAGCAAGAGGUGUCCGUGCUACUCUCAGCCACUGGCUGUCUCAAUGCCUGUUGGGAAUAUUUUGCUUCUGGGCUGCAAUCAUGUGGGACUCACCACAAUAUCUGUGUGCUCAUUCAUGACAUGGACCCACUUGUUCUGGUGCACGCAGGCAUUGUGGCAGUGCUGAGCCCUGUCUCACAGGAUGAGAGCACCAGGGGAAGCUCAUGUUGGAUAUUAGGAAAAACUUAUUUUCUAAAAGUGUGGUGAUGCUUUGGCACAGCUGCCCAGGGAAGUGAUGGAGUCUCUGUCCCUGGAAGUGUUCAAGAAAUGUGGGGAUGUGGUACCAAGGGACAUGGGCAUGGUGGGGUGGGGCUGGACUGGGUGAUCUUACUGUUGUUUUUUUUUUUUCCAACCUCAGUGAUUCUGUGAUUCUUUGAUAGGGCUCCUGAAGCAGCCUUAGACAGCUAUGGGAGUAGGAUGGGUUUAAAGAUCUUGGUGGAUGGGUAAGUACCCCACAAACAUGCAUCCUCUCAUCAUACCAUCCUCAUCUCUGUGCAGGGAAAUCUUGUGCUUUCAAACUGUUUUUUUUUUUCCUCCUUUCAUUGUCUUCCUAGGCUAUGCAGGAAACAGGAGCCAAGCUAUUUCCUUGCUUCUUUUGUUCAGCAGAUCCGACAGCUCUUCCUCCCCAGCAGAGAACUUCCUGCAACGCAGACAGCCUGCAUACACCCGAUACAGCCAGGGUUCACUAGCUCUGCAUGCUUAACCUGUUGCACUUUUCGGUCAAUCAUUCUCCACUUCAUGCCCCAAUGAAGGCAACUCUGCAGAGGUCAGCUUUGGGUUUAUAAACUAUUUGCUGAGCCACAGCAGUGGUGCUGGGAGGAGGAACUGAUCUGGGGGGACAGGGAAGCACUCCCACCUGUCUUGCUUCUCAUUCUCAACCCAUCCUCAAAGACCAGAGAGUCGCACAAAGUGAUGAGACAGCUCCUGCCAGAGACAGAGCUGGCUCCUGCUGCUGCCCUUGCCCUUCUCUGUGGUUCGGCAGCAGCUGUAGUGGUCUGGAAAUGGCUGAGCAAAAGGCACAUCCAGAAGAAGAUGGAAGAGGCUCGGAGGACGCGGGAUGAAGGUGUGAAGAAAAUGGCAAAAGCUGUCCAACAGUUCAGGGAGCAGGUCCCCAGUGACAAGACAGAUGCCAUCCUGUCCCUGCCCCUGCUGGAACUUGCUGGGAGGUUGCAGGAAGGGUCUCUGUCCCCCAGGACUGUCCUUUAUACUUACAUACAGAAGGCCCUGGAAGUGACCCAGCAGACAAACUGCGUGCAGUAUUUCAUCCCAGAGUGUGAGGAGCAGCUCCAGGAAAUACAACAGCAGAGGGAGAAAGGACUCCUCUAUGGCAUUCCUGUCAGCAUCAAGGAUCACAUUGGCCACGAGGGGCAUCUAUCAACCUGUGGGCUCGUGAAGUUCCUUGGCACUCCAGAGCAGGAGGACAGUGUCCUAGUCAAGGUUCUGAAGAGACAAGGGGCCAUCCCAUUCGCUAAGACCAAUGUGCCACAAUCCCUCUUCAACUAUGACUGCAGCAAUCUCAUUUUUGGCCAGACGCUGAACCCCCUCAACCACCAGAAGACCCCCGGGGGCUCCUCAGGAGGGGAGGGAGCUCUGAUUGCAGGGGGAGGCUCCCUCCUGGGCAUUGGCUCGGACGUCGGUGGUAGCAUCCGUCUUCCAUGCAGCUUCUGUGGGCUGUGUGGGCUCAAACCCACAGCCAAAAGGCUCAGUCUGUCUGGAAUUAGUGGCCCAGUCAAUGGGAUUGUGUCAGUUCCGUGUGCACUGGGGCCGAUAGCAAGGGAUGUGGACAGCCUGGCCCUCUGCAUGAAGGCACUGCUCUGCGAGGAGAUGUUCCGGCUGGAUCCCACCGUGCCCCGCAUCCCCUUCAGUGAGGAGGUGUACUCAAGCUCUGCUCCCCUGCGAAUCGGAUACUACGACACAGAUGGUUACUUCCCAUUGCCUCCUUGCAUGCAGAGGGCAGUGCAUGAAACCAAAGAGGCUCUUCAGGCAGCUGGGCACAAGCUGGUGCUCUUUUCUCCACUUCACAUUCACCAUGUCAUGACUGAACUGUUUUUGAAGACGUUUUUUGCUGAUGGAGGCCAUGCUUGGUUGGAUGUGUUUACAGGAAAUAUUGUAGAUCCAAGCUUAAAACCCCAGGUGAAUUUCUGCAGGAUCCCAAGGCUUGGGAAGAAGAUGCUGGCUCUGAUUCUUAAACCUCUGUUUCCCCGCAUGGCCGACUAUCUGAACGCCUUGUGUGGCAUGAGGUCAGUGAAGGAGAUGUGGGAUCAUCAGCAUCAAAUAGAGGUGUACCGCUCUGAGUUCAUCACCCAAUGGAAGGAACUGCAGCUGGAUGUCAUGCUGUGCCCUGUGCUGGGGCCAGCCUUCACCAUAGGGUUCCCUGGGAAACUACUCUCUGCCAUCUCCUCUACAAUGCUGUACAACGUCCUCGACUUCCCCGCUGGGGUCGUACCUGUCAGCACAGUGACAAAGGCUGAUGAGGAAGAGCUGAAGCUCUACAGAGGAUGCUGUAAUGACCUCUGGGACAGGAUGCUGAAGCAGGCUGUGGAAGGAGCCGUGGGACUGCCCGUGGCCGUGCAAUGUGUGGCAUUGCCGUGGCAGGAGGAACUGUGCCUCCGGUUCAUGAAAGAGGUGGAGACCCUCAGCCGAGCAAAGAGAGCAGCGUAGCCCCUCCAAUCCCACCUCAGCAGGGUGGGAAGGGGACAGCUCUGCGUCACUUCUCCCUUUCGCAAUCUGAAGGGCUUAGAAUUACAGUAAGGAGGGAAGGAAGAAAGAAAAGCUAUUUCCUACCACUCUUCUUGCUGACGAGCACAGAUCCUGUUAAAGGACACAGCCGUUUCCUCAGUAGCCAUUACAAGGGCUGUAAGUCUGCCUUCUUAUCCUGUCUUGGCUGAGACAUUGCUGGACUUGCCUCUAAAUAGCCAACCAGCUGAGGUAAAGACCAAGAAAUCACCAUAAAACCUGCAGCAC